AUGCUGGCCGUGGUAGCCAUCUUACUGCUUGGAGCUGUGCUAGCGUUCUCUGGCAACAGCAGCAGUGCUGGCUGCACCGGGCCGCGCUGCGGGGUGCAGCUGCUCGGCGCAGAGGGCGCAGCCACGGGUGCCGGCGCCGUGGCUGCAGCCACGUGGGACCGCACUGUGGCGGCGUUGCCCAAGGCUGUCACCGCCGCCGAGAACUCCAGCAAGUAUGUGCGGCGCCACAUCGCGCCCGACGUCAUCUCGCCGCUCGCGGCGACGCUCAAGGCGAACGGCGUCACCGCCGUCGCCAUUGUCGGCUGCAAGGCGAGCGCGCCCGUUGCCGCCAAGUUCAAGGAAGCCCGCGUGGCUCACCAGUGCGUCGACACGCUGGACAGCGCCCAGUCCUUCGUCCACGCACACGGUACAGCGCCGGCCGCGGUAGUGCGCGUGAAGGUCAAGGCCCGGCCUGAGGGCGCCGCGCCGGAGCUGCUCUUCGGCCACCUGCUCGGCGGCCUCUCUGCGCCCGUGACGGCAGAGGUCCUGGUCGCGAGCGACGAGGGCCGACUGCCCGUGCGCGCCGCGCUGGCGCACCCGCCCAGCUGGACGCGGUCGGCGGGCAUGCGGGAGCUGUGGUUUGUGCAAACGAGCGUCUUCCUGGACACGUUCAACAAGAUCUACCGGGAGAGGAUCUGGAGCAACGCGGGCGGCGGCAGCGGCGAGGGGUCGUCGCUGGAGUACACGGCUGCGGUCCAGCAGGCCCUCCCUAAGCUGAUCAAGAAGUACGACAUCAACUCCAUGCUGGACUCGUCCUGCGGCAGCAUGCACUGGAUGCCCCGGGUGCUGGCGGAGGUCGAGGAGGACAAGCCGCGCUUCAAGUUUUACGGCAGCGACGUGGUCUGCGACCUCACGGCGCAGCACACGAAGAACUUCACCAUGAAGGGCCACCGCAACUGGCGGUUUGGGUGCCACGACUAUGCGAACCAGCCGCUGCCGAAGGGCUACGACUUGGUGUGGAGCCGCGACAGCCUGCAGCACGUGACCCUGAACGCCGCUUUCCAGUUCCUCAACAACGUGAGGGCCACCGGUGCCAAGUACCUGCUGGUGGGCACCUACCUCGAGAACAAGAUCAACCUCAACAUCACGGCGGGCGAAUACUACCCGAUCAACCUGCUGCAGCCGCCCUUCAACGUGCGCACCAAGCCCCUGGAGAUCAUCGACGAGCGCAGCGAGGUCGUCGAGAAGCCCACGGCGGACAAGAAGUUCAUGCUGCUGUUUGACAUGUCACAGCUCGAAUGGGAUGACGACCUCGCGUGGGUGGAGUGA